AAAAAAAGAAAAAACCGUGAGAUUCGUCGGAUACAACGAGGCAUCUUUAUCCAAAUCCUUAAUUCGUUACUCAUCUCUCCUAUGAAAACGGGUUUUGUGCGGCUUGCUUCUAAGUAAGUUCCUCUUAUGAUCAUCUCUCCAAUUUCAAAUAACAAGCAGCUCUGAAGAGAGUAAACAGUGCCAACAGCCUUCAACCUCGUUUAAGAAUUCACUAUGGGAACUGCUGCUCCAAUGGAUGAUUGCUCUCUUCCUGAUGAUUCUCUUUUCCUCGGCUUCGACAGUUCUACACAGUCUUUGAAGGCGACUGUGUUGGAUUCCAAUCUCAACAUUGUUGCUUCUGAAACAAUUCAUUUUGAUUCUGGACUGCCCCACUACAAGACCAAGGAUGGAGUAUAUAGGGAUCACUUGGUUAACGGAAGAAUAGUUUCACCCACAUUGAUGUGGGUGGAAGCUCUGGAUCUCCUCCUUGAGAAACUCUCCGCAUCAAGAUUGGAUUUUGGAAAGAUAGCCGCACUUUCUGGUAGCGGGCAGCAACACGGUAGUGUGUAUUGGAGGAAUGGAAGUAGUGCUAAAUUAUCGUCCUUGGAUCCUAAGAAGAGGUUAGUGGAUCAGCUAGGUGACGCCUUCUCCAUUGGGGAAUCACCAAUAUGGAUGGACAGCAGCACAACUGAACAGUGUAGGGAGAUAGAGAAAGCUGUUGGAGGGGCAUUGGAGUUAUCUCGACUUACUGGCUCACGUGCGUAUGAAAGAUACACAGGGCCGCAAAUUCGGAAGAUAUUUGAGAGAGAGCCAGAAAUUUAUCAUAAUACCGACAGGAUCUCCCUCGUUAGCUCCUUCAUGGCUUCUCUUCUUAUUGGGGCCUAUGCUUCUAUAGAUGAAACUGAUGGUGCAGGAAUGAACUUGAUGGAUAUUAAGCGAAGGGCCUGGUCUAAAAUAGCUUUAGAGGCUACUGCUCCGGGUUUGGAGGAAAAGCUUGGAAAGUUAGCUCCUGCCCAUGCUUUUGCUGGUUUUAUUGCAUCCUAUUUUGUUGAGAGGUUUCACUUUAACAAGAAUUGUUUAGUGAUUCAAUGGUCCGGGGACAACCCUAACAGCCUGGCAGGUUUGACCCUCAACACACCAGGAGAUCUGGCUAUUAGUCUUGGCACUAGUGACACUGUAUUUGGAAUUACAAGUGAUCCUAAACCGAGCUUAGAGGGACAUGUUUUCCCUAAUCCUGUGGAUACUAAAGGUUACAUGGUAAUGUUGGUCUAUAAGAAUGGGUCCCUAACUCGCGAAGAUGUGCGUAAUCGCUCAGCAGAAAAAUCUUGGGAAGUUUUCAAUACAUUUUUGCAGCAAACGCCUCCUCUAAAUGAUGGAAAAAUGGGCUUCUACUACAAGGAGCAUGAAAUACUUCCUCCCCUCCCAGUUGGUUUCCAUCGUUAUGUCCUCAAAAAUUUUAUGGGCGACACACCAGAUGAUCUGGAUGAACAUGAAGUUGAGGAGUUUGAUCCUCCUUCUGAGAUCCGAGCUUUGAUUGAGGGCCAGCUCCUCUCAAUGCGAGCCCAUGCAGAAAGAUUUGGAAUGCCAUCUCCUCCCAAACGGAUUAUAGCAACUGGUGGAGCAUCAGCAAAUCAGAGCAUUUUGAGCUCAAUAGCUUCCAUCUUUGGCUGUGACGUCUACACAGUCCAAAGACCUGAUUCAGCUUCCCUAGGGGCAGCAUUACGGGCUGCCCAUGGUUGGUUGUGCAACAAAAAUGGUAGUUUUGUUCCCAUUUCAUGUUUGUACGAGAACAAGUUGGAGAAGACAUCUCUCAGAUGCAAACUCUCAAUGGCUGCUGGUGACCAGCAACUUGUCUCCAAGUAUGCCUUGUUGAUGAAGAAGAGAAUGGAAAUAGAGAACCGCCUUGUCCAAAAGCUGGGGCGUAGGUAAUUCUAGAACAAGGAAGUGCCAUGAGAUACCACAGUUGAGGGGUUACUACUGCAGUGAUACUUCACAAAAUAGUUCCGAGUUAACUGAACCAGCUGUAAAUUUUUCAUUUCAAACAUAUUUAUCUUUCUUUUGAUGAGAAGAUGAAUCUCUAUGACAAAACAAUAAUUAUAUUAAAUUUGUUAAUAUCAAUAAAGUAGAGUUGUGGGUUUUGAUUAA